ACAGGUCGCUCUGGCCUUGCUCCCAUCGGAUAGAUCUCCCUUUUUGGCUCUUCUCAAGAUCCUCAAAAAUUGUCUAGGCACUGAAAAUACCCUAGAAAAGUUACGGAAACACCCCACAUCUUACCAUAAUCUACCGAAAUACUAUUUUCUACCUCUCAGCUCAGCUCCCAAUCCCAUCACUGUUUCUGCCUGUGGGGUUGGUGGGUUUGGUUUUGGGUAUUUGAAUCUGGGCUUUUUGUAUUGAAGGUGAUUGGAGGAGAAAUGUGGGAGUUGGGAGAUGAUAAUGUGACAGAUAUAUGAGAUGAGUUUUGUCCUUUAAAGGGAAUGAGCUUUUCCUUUCUGUGAUUUUGAAAAAAAAAAAAAACCCUGAUCUUUUUUGAUUUGAAGAAGUAGUGGGGUGCCAUUUGGAGGAGAAGGGAGUGUUGAAAGUGGCUGAAUUGAUUGGAAAAGGCCACUAUGUCAGUUUCCACUCCAUUUUCUGAAGACUUGUAAAAAAACUUCAUUCUGGGGUGAAUUUCAGUGCGAUUGCAGUUUUGAAGUUUACCGGUUGUUGGAAAAAUGACGAAAGAAUAGUGAUAUUUUCAGGUUAAUUCAACAACCCGUUUCCCCUCUCUUGUCAUUGUCUUGGUCUCCGUUGUUUCCAUGUUCUUUCUUUUGGGGCGUGGACAAUAAGGCCCAUUGAUUACUGAGCUACUGUACAAAAGUCUCGGGGCUGGAUUCUCGCCCUUUGUACAUGAAUACUGGGCGAGAAAAUUUAUGUUUCUGUUUUCUUUGACACGGUCAUGUCUUAUGAAUUGAGGUCAGCGAUUCUGGCUCAUAACCACAUUGGAAAAAUUUUGAGUUUGGUCCUAGGACAGAGGUUUUGGAAUUAAACUUCGAUUGUAGAUUACGCUUUGCAACUAGGAGUGUUUGGAAUGGCAGAAAAUGAAAAGGAAACACGAUCUUUGGCCUUAACGCCAACAUGGUCUGUGGCACUUGUCUUGUCGAUCUUUGUUGCUGUUUCCUUGCUUGUGGAGCGCUCAAUCCACCGACUAAGUAAUUGGUUGCGGAAAACUAGUCGAAAGCCUUUACUUGAAGCUGUUGAGAAAAUGAAAGAAGAGCUGAUGUUGCUUGGAUUUAUAUCUCUCCUUCUCACGGCAACCUCAAGCAUGAUAUCUGAUAUUUGCAUUCCAUCAAAGUUCUAUGAUAGUCCCUUUGCUCCCUGCAGCAGGGCUGAUGUUGAAGAAGGAAAUGAAAGAAAGUCUUCUCAGGAACGUAAACUGUUGAUGGGUUCUGUUCUUCCUCACUCAUUUAGGAGAGUGUUGAAUGUCUUGAGUCAGAAUAGCUGCAAAGAGGGACAUGAACCAUUUGUUUCAUAUGAAGGUCUUGAGCAGUUGCACCGCUUCAUCUUUGUCAUGGCAGUAACACAUGUAUCUUACAGCUGCUUAACUAUGUUGCUGGCAAUUGUGAAGAUUCACAGUUGGAGGGAAUGGGAGGAUGAAGCUCAUAGGGACCGGCAUGAUGUAUUGACUGACAUCACGAGAGAGUUGACAAUACGAAGGCAAUCAACCUUUGUCAAAUUUCAUACAUCAAAUCCUUUGGUCAGGAAUAAUUUUCUUAUUUGGGUGACCUGUUUCUUCCGACAAUUUGGGCGUUCGGUGGUUCGUGCUGACUACCUUACUCUCCGCAAGGGUUUCAUAAUGAAUCACAACCUCACACUAAAAUAUGAUUUUCACAGCUAUAUGAUUCGCUCUAUGGAAGAGGAAUUCCAAAUGAUAGUUGGUGUGAGUGGCCCAUUGUGGGGAUUUGUUGUCGUAUUUAUGCUGUUCAAUAUAAGAGGGUCAAAUCUCUAUUUCUGGAUAGCCAUGAUUCCCAUUACUCUUGUUCUUCUGGUGGGCACAAAGCUGCAACAUGUUAUUGCAACCUUGGCAUUGGAGAAUGCUGGCAUAACUGGAUUUUUCGCGGGAGCAAAGUUAAAGCCUCGAAAUGAUCUUUUUUGGUUUAAGAAGCCAGAACUAUUGUUGUUCUUAAUCCAUUUUAUUCUAUUCCAGAAUGCAUUUGAGCUGGCUUCAUUUUUUUGGUUUUGGUGGCAGUUCGGUUAUGAUUCUUGCUUUAUUAAGAAACAUACACUGGUCUACAUGCGGCUGAUUUUGGGGUUCGCUGGACAGUUCCUUUGCAGCUAUAGCACUUUGCCACUAUAUGCACUGGUUACUCAGAUGGGAACAAACUAUAAGGCAGCCUUAAUUCCGCACAGAAUAAGAGAGACAAUUCAUGGAUGGGGGAAAGCGGCUAGGAGGAAGAGAAGGCUUGGUAUGUUCACAGACGAUUCUACCAUACACACGGACACAAGCACGGUAAUGUCAGUUGAGGAAGAUGAUAACCGGUUGUUCGAUACCCCAGAAACUGUCCAUCGUGGGUGCAUGGAAAUCGAGAUACCACCUGCUUCUCAUAUGACAUUGGAUCCUUCCCCUGUGGCUAACGAAACCUCAAGUCGGGCUGGUACACCUCUUCUUCGACCCUCUGCUUCUGUUUCAGCAUCAGUCGCAUUGCACCUUCACCCAGAAGGUACUCUAAGAUCCUCCUCAAAUACUCUAAGAUCCUCCUCAAUGCCUAUUAGUAGAGAAUGAAGGAACAAUGACCCCCCUAUCAAGAAGAUAGUAAUAGAAGAAAAGGAUAUUGUAACUUAUAACACGAGUUUAUAGAACAAAGAAAUGGAUAUGUAACUCAUAGAACAACAAAGGAAUCGAAAUGUGAGCUUUUGUUGUUUUCUUUACUCACAUAUAAUGAUAAUGAUCGAGCCUAUAGUUUAUCGUUUC